UUUUUUAUAUUCUUCGUCCUUCUAAAUUUACUUAGUUUGAAAUUCAUCCUCGUAAUGUUUUUAAUUUUGACUGCAUCUCCUGUGAAUUCCAAGGUUUGCCCUUAACUAAUGGAUUCACAAGAUUUUUUAUUCCUCAACCCUAUUAUCAUAACAGUAAGUACGCAGUCCCCAGUCUUCCCUUUCCGUCCCUUUUGCCUGUUCUCAAAACUCAAGUUAUCAACCCUAGCUGGUUCCACAACUUCCACUCUCUCUCUCUCUCUCAAAACAGCCAUUUCUUUUCUUUAUUUCGUUUGCCUCUGUUCUUCCUCUAGUCUCCACUCUGCAUCUUAUGUGCUCUCGCGUCUCGCCUCUCUGUAUCAGGGACUCUUUGUGGUGAUUAUGGCUUGUAUUCAGCACAGCAGAAAUGCUCUACGGCGAAUUGUUGCUAAAGAAACCAACUUGAAGAGCUCUGAUGGUGCUAUACAUCCAUUGUUAUAUGCUUGUCAAGGGGUUAGAUAUAAGAAGUUAGAAGUUAUUCUUACAACAAGCAUAGAGAAGCUUGGGAAAGCUGGUCAGACAGUUAAGGUUGCGCCAGGGCAUUUUCGCAACCAUCUGAUGCCCAAAUUACUUGCUGUCCCUAAUAUCGAAAAGUUUGCACAUCUUAUCAGGGAGCAACGCAAGAUUUACCAACCCGAGGAAGAAGAAGAGGUGAAAGUAGUUAAAGAGACAAUGGAAGAUAAGAUGAAAGAAUACGAAACAGCAGCAAAACGCUUAGUCAAAGCCCAACUGGCUUUUAGGGUAGGGAUCAAUACUGCAAAAUUCCGUGCCCGUGAAUCAAAAGAUGACCCGAUAGAAAUUCUUUCACCAGUGACAAAGGAUGAUAUUUUAAAAGAGGUGACAAGACAAUUCAAUGUGCAAAUUGAACCUGACAACGUGCAUCUUCCAUCACCUUUGACUGCUCUUGGAGAGUUUGAGGUGCCACUACGCUUCCCAAAGUCUAUUCCGAUGCCAGAGGGAAAGGUUAAAUGGACACUUAAGGUCAAGAUUCGGGGUAAAUAAAUAUUACCUCAUCAUCAAAUUCUUGAUGAACAUUUAGACAAUGCUAUCGAAGGUUAUUGUAGAAUUCUUGUGACGAGCUUGAUGCUUCAACCCAGCACAUCUUGAAUCCUGCGAUGUCCUAUAUACUUCUUCAAUAAUCAAUCCUUACAAAAGUUAUUGUGGGAUGAAUUUUGAUUGUAGCUCUUUCUGACAUGCACAAAUUACAUGCACAAAUUAUAGCUUGGGGCCCUUGCAUCUGCUUUCAUACUAGUAUAUCCGAAUUCUGUUGAUUACUCUUUCGCUGCAUGUCAGAUGGUGUUUGGUUUCAGGUUUGUGUUUUAACUUCUACCCAAAAACACUUUUGAGAGACCAUCUCCUUUUGCUAUUAUGUUGAAGGAUUCGCGUAAAAAUGAAUUCAUGUGCUUUCUGCAUCUUUAA